CACUACCCUCAACAUCUUAAUCUGGUAUAUACUUAUUUGCAAGAAAGUAACCGUUAACGAUGGCACUUUGUAACUACCUCAUAUUCAUUUGAACGAACUUAGAGAUACUAUCAGGGCCAGUGUAGACACUUCAGCUUUUAGUUCUGCCCAAGACUGGAGCAGAUAAUAUAAUUAUUGCGUAAAUUGACAAAUACCAACAGAUUUUGUAGUUUGGAUUUACUUGAGAUGGCCAGGGUUUACAUAAGAUCAUGGUUUUUUGCGUUUUAUUUUCAGAUUCAUAGUAUAUUAACAAAUCGUUAUGUGCCGAGUGGCAUUCAUUUACAAGCGAAAAUGGAAAUUAUUUUGUCACCAGUGAAUUUUAUUUAUUCAUAAACACUGAUGGAGAAAAGUGUAAACUUCUUGUUGAACAAGAAAGAAAAAGAUCAAUCGUCAAAUAAAACGAAUGUAAUGAAUGAAUCAUUAAGUCAGAAAGUGACUGAAACCACUUCUGACCUACUUAUUUCACUUGCAAAUGAACCUUCACUGGCUUAUUUCCAUAUUCAAGAACAUAUUAGAAAAUCAGUUCCAGAAAUCUUGAAAUACCAAUUGAAAGUCGAACAUUUAGAUUCACAGUUACGUGGUUCUUGUUAUGAUCUUGACUAUGCACUUGAUAAUGUUAGAAGUAUCUCAAAAGCUACAGUACAUUUUAACCGGAUUAACGAGCUCUUGAAGUCGAGCUUAUUUGCUAAACUUCAGCUGGAUUAUGCACGCAUGAACGCUCCACCAGUUGAAGUAGGCAUCGAUCUUGUCUCAUGGGAUCUAAAUGAUGAAGAACUGUUAAGUUUAAGUCAUAAAGAGCCACAAAAACGAAGACCAACUCAAUGCAACCAAGAUGUACACACUGACGUUUCUUUCCAAAACAAAUGCACAGAGAUCCCUACAAACUCACGAACACUAAGCCACAUAUCUAGCACAGUGUCGACAGCAGCUGUACAAGUACGUGAUCAAGCUAUCAAUUUAACCAGGAGAGUUUUGUGGACACAAAGUGCCGAUGUAUCUUACUCUAUCAUGUCACCCAUUUCAUCUGAUUCUAAAAUCACUAACUCCUCGAGUUCAUUUGAUGAGAAACCAAAGUUUUUGGAAGCCUAAUUUAACAAACGAAUCCUAGUAAGGGAAUAAGCUCUGUAAAUGAGUAGCUGAAACUGUUUUAUAAACAGCUUCUUCUUAUAAUUACUGAAAAUUUUGCACAUUGUAUCAUACAAAUACAAUAUUCUUAUACCU